GCCGCGGGCGGGUCGGGCCGAGGCGGAGGCAGCCCCGCCGCGCCCCGGGAGCGCCCGCCGAUAAUUCCGUCUCCUGCCGUCCCCGGGCUUUUUGGAGCCGUAGCGCAGCCCGUGCGGCGCCCCUGCCUUGGACACCGUGGAGAAUGGGUUUCCUGGGCAGGCUGGCGGUGCUGCCCGCCUUCGUCGGGGCGGCGGCGGGCCGGGGCGGCGGUGCCUGGCGGCGGCCGGGACCGGCCUGCACGGGGAGCCCGCUCGGCUGGCGAGCCGCCUCGUCCCGGGCGCCGGGCGAGUACGAGGAAGUUUUCAGAUCCUCCGUGGCGGAGCCCGAGAAGGUGUGGGGAGCAGCCGCCGAGCAGAUCCGCUGGUACAAGCCCUGGGCGCGGGCCCUGGAGAGGGGCCCCCCGGGGAGCGCCUCUUGGUUUGUAGGUGGAGAGCUGAAUAUCUGUUACAAUGCAGUAGAUCGUCACGUUGAGAAUGGACGAGGAGACCAAAUUGCCAUUAUUUAUGACAGUCCUGUAACAAAUUCCAAGGAGAAAAUAACAUAUAAAGAACUUCUUGAGCAGGUCUCCAAGUUAGCUGAUGUUAUGGUCAGACAUGGCGUGAAGAAAGGAGAUCGUGUGGUCAUCUACAUGCCUAUGAUUCCACAGACAGUUUACUGCAUGCUGGCUUGUGCAAGAAUAGGAGCCAUCCACAGCCUGAUUUUUGGUGGAUUUGCAUCCAAAGAGCUUUCUGUUCGCAUUGAUCAUGCAAAGCCCAGGCUUAUUGUAACAGCAAGUUUUGGAGUAGAACCAAAAAGGAAAGUGGAGUACAUAUCCCUCUUAGAAGGAGCACUUGCAAUGGUGCAGAGCAAACCUGAGAAAGUUCUCAUUUACAAGCGACCUAAUUUGGGCAAUGUUCCUUUUGUCCCAGGUCGUGAUCUUGACUGGGAGGAAGAGCUUGCAAAAGCACAGUAUCAUAAAUGUGUCUCUGUUCCCUCAGACCAUCCACUUUAUAUUCUGUAUACAUCUGGAACAACAGGUUUGCCCAAGGGUGUUGUCAGACCAACAGGUGGCUAUGCAGUUAUGCUAAAUUGGACAAUGUCAGCUGUAUAUGGACUCAAACCUGGCGAGGUAUGGUGGGCAGCAUCAGAUUUAGGUUGGGUUGUUGGCCAUUCCUAUAUUUGCUAUGGACCUCUCCUUCAUGGGAAUACUACAGUUUUGUAUGAGGGGAAGCCUGUGGGAACGCCAGAUGCUGGUGCCUAUUUCCGUGUGCUAGCAGAGCAUGAAGUAGCUGCCUUCUUUACUUCACCAACUGCAAUUAGAGCAAUCCGUCAGCAGGACCCUGAGGCGGCCUUGGGAAAGCAGUACUCUCUGAAAAGGUUCAGAACAGUAUUUGUAGCUGGUGAGCACUGUGAUGUGGACACACUAGAAUGGUCAAAGAAGGUCUUCAAGGUACCUGUCUUGGACCACUGGUGGCAGACUGAAUCUGGUUCUGCAAUUACUGCUUCUUGUGUUGGUUUGGGGAACUCUACAACACCUCCACCUGGACAGGCAGGGAAACCAGUGCCAGGAUACAAUGUGAUGAUUCUGGGUGAAAAUAAGGAACCAGUGAAGGUGAAGACCUUAGGAAAUAUUGUGGUAAAGUUGCCUUUGCCUCCUGGAGCAUUCUCGGGACUUUGGGAAAAUCAGGAAACAUUCCAGAAGUUAUAUUUCAAAAAAUUUCCAGGAUAUUAUGAUACCAUGGAUGCAGGUUAUAUGGAUGAAGAUGGCUAUUUAUAUGUCCUGUCUCGAGCUGAUGAUGUGAUCAACGUUGCCGGACACAGGAUUUCAGCAGGAGCAAUUGAAGAGUGUGUUCUCUUCCAUCAAGCUGUGGCAGACUGUGCCGUUGUGGGCCAGGAGGAUCCUUUAAAAGGACAUGUUCCAUUUGCACUGUGUGUACUGAGGGAAGGUAUAAAGACAGAAGAGGACAAAAUUUUGGAAGAGAUUGUUGAGCGAGUUAGAACUAACAUUGGUCCAGUAGCAGCUUUCCAGAAGGGAGUCUUUGUAAAACAGCUACCAAAAACACGCUCUGGCAAGAUACCACGUUCAGCUCUUUCUGCACUUGUCAGUGGAAAACCAUAUAAGAUAACACCUACCAUUGAAGAUGCCGAUGUAUUUAAACACAUUGAAGAAGUGCUAAAGAAAAAUUAAACAGGAUAAUAGGUUGAGAAGAAAUGUGUCCAAUACUGAAAUACACAAGAGACUUUCUAUUAGGAAAUACCACAUUUUUAAAAUUAGUGAUGAUUUGGGACUAAAUUUUUCUACAUUACAAUUAAUUAUUGCAUAAUGUGACCAGAAACUUAGGUUUGGCUCAAAGAGCUUGCAGAAGGUAAGUCAUGAACUGAGGACAGCAAUAAAUAGGAAUUCUAAUGUGAAGACAAUUGCAGACACAAAUUGUCCUCACUUGUAAGUUAUGAGCCUUUACAUCUUUUAAUUUUUUAUAAAUUUAAUUUUUUAAAAAUAAGUUUUCUUGAAACCACUGUUGUUUUUUCCUGUGUCUUUUUGCUAUAAAGGCUGGAUGUGGCACUUAGUGCCAUGAUCUAGCCAAUGUUGUGGUGUUGGGUCAUAGGCUGGACUUGAUGAUCUUAAAGGUCUUUUCCAGUCUUGGUGAUUCUGUGAAAUUAGAUUACUCCAAUUUUUUUACUCAAUAACUUUCUGAAGUGUCUUUUUUGUAGAAUGAUAAUUUCUUGCUUUCCUAUCUGAAAAUCUUAAAUUGUGCAUAGUAAUAUUAAAUACAAAACAUGUAUUUUAAAUAAAGGCAGGCAUUUACCCUUUGCA